GUUGGCCAACCGUCGAUGAAUCCUGAAGAAGAAGAAUCUGUGUCAUGCGCAGUAGCGGCCUAGGCUAGCUGGUUAAACAUGGCGGACCAAAACAAGAAGGACAUCGAUCAGAAGUUCUACAAUGAGAUAUUAACCCCGUCGGAGCUGUUUGCCGCCCGGUCCCGGAGUCACAAGAUCCCGGUCCGAGGACAGAAGGACUUCUUCCCCGACGGCUCCGACGAGCAACGGCGGCGACUUGAGCAAAGUCUGAACGAGCACUGGGGCCUGCUGUCGGAGGAGAGGGUGGAGAAGAUAGGAAACCUGGUGAAGGCCACGUGGAGCCCCACAGAGAGGGUGGUGGAGCUGCAGACUCCAGCUGGUAAGUUUUGGCAGACGAUGGGCUUCUCCGCCUCCGGUAAGCAGCGCCUCCUCCCCGAAGAGGCUCUCCACCUGAUGGAGUGUGGGAGCCUGCAGGUGUCGCUUCACCAGCUGCCGCUGUCCAUCCAGGACGGCUACGAGAAGUUCCUGUCGCCGGGCGGCGGCGUGAGUCUGCUGCAGUACCAGGUGUUCGGCCACCUGAAGAGGCUCGGCUACGUGGUGCACCGGUUCCAGCCCAGUGCACAGCCGUCGUCCUAUGCGAGGCAGCUGAACUUAACUCAGUCACUUGACACAGCGGGGAAACGUGUGAAGAGGAAGCGCAGCGACAGUCCCUCCACAACAUCAAGUCACACCGAGGCUCAAGAAGAAGAAUCCGAGGAGGACAUCAAACCCACGCCGUUGCCCGUGGAGACGCCUCCGGAGACGCCGGGCGCCCAGAGUGCCGGAGGAGGCGGGACCUGGUGGUUAACGGACGACCCGGUGGUCCAAUCGGAUCCCCGGCCCGCCUCCGGUUCCUCCCGCCGAGACUUCGUCUCCGUCCUCUUCCCCGACCUGGGCUCCGGGGGGCGCCUCUCCGGCCCGCUGGCCCCCCCGGACCCCUCCCUGCUCCCCGGGUGUUUGGCGGUGGGCGUCUGCGACCUCGCCAGCUGGAGGCGGAGACUAAACCAGAGGUACGUGAGGACGUCCCCAGAGGAGAGGCGGCGGAUGCGGCUGACGCGGCUGACGCGGCGGUACGACGGCAUCAAGGACCGAGAGGUGCGGCGGUGCAGGAACUGGGCGGAGUAUCAGGAGCUCCUGGAGACGCGUCGGGGGAGGAGCCGCCACGGCCGGCCGGCACACCUGUGGAGCCGGAAGGUCGCUCCUCUGCACGACCCCGAGCGCCCGAUCCCCACCGCGAAGCUGCUGGAAAAAAUCAGUGUGAUCGAAUCUACAGAUUUACUGGAGGGAGCGUCCAGGUUGGAGGACGCCGGCGGGUGGAGGAUCUGUUUCAAUGUUUACCAACCCGACUCGGUGGCCGACUUCAAGAAGAGCGACCCGGGGAAACCGUACGCCCGCGUGUGCUCGUGCAGUUUCUCCGGCGCGGUGCCCGACCUGCGAGCCAUCAAGCUGCUGUCGUUCCAGAGCGCCGGCGUGCCGGUGGUCUUUGGCGUGGUGGACCACGGGGACGUCUCCUUCUACACCUUCAAAGGCUUCCAGCUGCCCACCGAUGUUUUCCCCUGAGCCCACGACGACUGACUCCUCAAAGACUUCUGGACCAAACUGAGUCAACAAGUCACUUCGCUGAGCUUCACUCUUAACAUUCUUGCCAAAGAAACUGAUUUUAAGCUCUAAAAAUAGGUUUGCAGGCGAGAAAAUAAACAUUUAGAUUACCAUGAUGUGAAAUAAUACUUUAAAAAAUGCCGCCAUUUUUUGUAGCGGGUCUCGCGGUCCGUUCACGUGCCUCGUCCUCUCUGAUCUCCAAACAUAGUGAAACCUGCGUCUCAUAUUUAUGUUGGCUGGAUAUCAAUAUUUUCUUUUCUCAAUUUUCCAAUUAAAAACCUGGAAUAAUU